AUAUGUAUACAAAUGUUACGUUGUGUAAGUUAUUCAGCGAUCAUCAGCAUGUGUUAUGGAAUUGUGCACACCCGUGAUUCUGAGCUCCACGAAAGAUACGACCUACUGACUUAAAGAAUUAGAUUAUGACUAUUAUAAAGUUGAUUUGUUACUGAUUCAGGAGGUGUCAGUUACGAACAUCCAGAAGCGUCGAUAACUCCAAACUCCUAGCUAUCUAACUAACCAGCUGUUUGCAUCCAAUGCUGAAUUCACUCCUGCUGCUGUAUACGUUUUAGAGCAGUUAUGAGCGGUCAGAGUUCUUCGCCGGGGGCGAGCAACGGCAUCACCCCUCUUCAGCAGAUGAUCGCGUCCUGCUCAGGGGCUGUCCUGACAUCCCUGAUCGUCACACCUUUGGAUGUUGUGAAGAUCAGACUCCAAGCUCAGAAGACCCCGUUCCCUAAAGGAAAAUGCUUUGUGUACUGCAAUGGCCUCAUGGACCACAUCUGUGUGUGUGAGAAUGGCGGCUCCAGACCGUGGUACAAGGCUCCAGGGCACUUCACUGGAACCCUGGAUGCCUUUAUCAAAAUAGUCCGCAGGGAAGGGAUCAGGUCUUUAUGGAGCGGGCUGCCCCCAACGCUAGUCAUGGCGGUCCCGGCAACUGUAAUCUACUUCACGUGUUAUGACCAGCUUUGUGCGGCGCUGAGGACCCGGAUGGGCUCCCACAGCGAGGAAGCCCCCCUGCUGGCAGGAGCCAUCGCCAGAGUGGGCUCUGCCACCAUGAUCAGCCCGCUGGAGCUGGUCCGCACCAGGCUGCAGUCCCAGCAGCAGUCGUACAGGGAGCUGAAGGAGGGCAUCAGCAGCGCGGUGAAGGCCGAGGGCUGGAGGUUCCUGUGGAGGGGCUGGGGACCCACACUCCUGAGAGACGUCCCCUUCUCUGCAAUGUACUGGUACAACUAUGAGAAGGGGAAGCUGUGGCUAUGUGAACGCUACCAUACAGAGGAGCCCACAGUCGCCAUCACCUUCAUCUCUGGAGCACUGUCUGGAUCUAUUGCUUCCAUAGCAACGCUUCCCUUUGAUGUGGUCAAGACCAGGAGACAGGUGGAGCUGGGGGAACUCCAAGCUAUGAAUUUGCCUGCGAAGGUGUCCUCCUCCACUCUGACGGUGAUGAGGACCAUCGUUGCAGAAAACGGCGCUGCCGGCCUGUUUGCAGGGUUUCUGCCCAGACUGAUAAAGGUGGCCCCAGCUUGUGCCAUCAUGAUCAGCACCUACGAGUUUGGGAAGACCUUCUUCCGCCAGCGCAACCAGGACAGGCUGCUAGAGACAAGAGGUCUUUCACUAGAUACCAGCCACACAUGAACUAUGUAUAUUCAGCUGAAGCAGUGUCCCAGCCAAGCGCAGAGCUCCAGAGCUGCAUGUGGCAUUGCAGACAUGAAACACAAGGAGGAAGGUGAAGACUGGAGCACAUGGUGUUUCUACAGGAGCACAUGGUGUUUCUACAGGAGCACAUGGUGUUUCUACAGGAGCACAUGGUGUUUCUACAGGAGCCCUGACCCAUUGACAGUCCUUUAUGAUUGUUGUUAUAGUUAUUUAUGUUGAUUUUAGUUUUCACUUAAUGCCGUGAAAUUAAUACAAAUUUCCCAUGCAGUUUCCCAUGCAGGAAGAAUGCAUCUUGUCUGAGUGUAUUUAAUCCAAGGGCCAGUAGGUGGCAUCAUCAUUGGAAGUGAUUCAGAUUUCACCCUAGCUGGUGCUGGGGUGUGGCAACGUGCAUUGUGCCAUUCAGAGAGAGACAGACAGACACAGAGAGAGAUAGAAAGACAGAGACACAGAGAGAUAGACAGACACAGAGAGAGAUAGAGACAGACAGAGACACAGA